UGGCCGGAGCCCGGAUGCGCCGAGAGGAACCGGACAUCUUUAACCGGGGAGGUCGGGUCGUAACGUAACACGCCGCCCGAUGGCGCGUUGCUCCGUCGCCAAGCCGUUCAGCGCCACCGCCACCUCCAUCACGGCGGCUCCGCGCCUCUCACCCCGCCACCGCCGUCGUGUCGCCGCCGUCGGGGCCGCGCUGCAGCUGCCAGCCCUGCGGAAACCACCACCACCACCGCCCCUUCAUCCGCGUCCGAAUCUCCCGGUCCCCACCACCACCUCCCACGACGACGACGACGGCCCCGCCACGCGCCACAGUGACAGAGGCAAGAGGCCAGUGACGGCAUGGAGGGAAUCUCCGUCCUUGUCCGGCGCUGGCGAUGUGCUCCGCCUGCUGGACGCGCUCCGGCUCCCGCCCGACGAGGACGUCUACGUCUCCCUCCUCAGGGACUGCGCCGACGCCGCCGAGGUCGCCUCCGUGCACGCGCACAUUGCCGGAAGCCUCGCCGUCUCCGGCCUCCCUUUGCCUCUUGCCAACCGGCUGGUGCUCGCUUAUGCAGCGUGCGGCGACACCGGGACUGCGCGCCAGGUGUUCGACGAAAUGCCCGUGAAGAACGGCAUCACCUGGGCGACCAUGGUGUCGGCCUACUCCGAUGGAUGCUUCCAUCAUGACGCGUUACGGCUGUUCGCCCAGAUGUGUCACCAAGUGCAGGGGCUCACUGGCGAUCACUACACCCAUGCCAUUGUGGCAGUGCUCCGUUCAUGUGCUCGGGUGGACGAAUUGGACUUCGGUGAGCAGGUUCAUGCCUUUCUUGUCAAGAAAAAUGGAGUUUGUGGUGAUGUUGGAAGCUCGCUACUGCAGCUGUACUGCCACUGUAGGCAACAAAGUAGUGCAAGGCAUGUUCUUCAGAUGAUGAGGAGCUCAUCCGAAGAACCUGUACCUGAGGCAGCUUGGACUAGCUUGAUCAAAGCAUCCCACCAUGACGGCUGUCUGGAUGAUGCCAUUGAUAUCUUCAGGGACAUGGCCUCCUCUGGCAUUCUCAGGAGCAGCUUCUCCCUGUCAAGCAUCCUUGCAGUGUGCGCGGAGGCGAAGGGCAAAGGGUGCUACGGGCAGCAGGUGCAUGCUGAUGCCAUCAAGCGUGGCCUGGACAUGAACCAGUUCGUCGGGUCAGGGUUGCUCCACAUGUACGCGAAGCAAGGGCAGCUUGAAGAUGCAGCCAGGGCAUUCGAUGCUAUUGGUGGCACGCCUGACGCGGUGUGCUGGAGUGCCAUGGCCAUGGCAUAUGCUCGCGGUGGAAUGUACAGAGAGGCCACCAGGGUGGUGUAUCAGAUGAAAGCUUCUGGAAUGGAUCCUUCGGAACUGAUGAUGAAUGAGGUUAAGCUGGCCUGCUUCAGAUGAGCUACCGAAGAAUGGUUUCCUUUGUUUUGUAUUGUAUGAUGCGCGUAGAAAGGAAGUAAUUUAUAGACUUAAGAGUUGUGCCCAUAUCUUUGUAGAAGAUGUAAACAUCCAGUAAUGGAUUCAUGAAGGACUUAACGUAGUCAGCUUGGUGUGUCUGUGAGAAUAUAAUGCUCUAUACCGUAACGUGUGAUGUAAUAUCUGAAGGUUCCCUGCAAAAGAAGGAUCAUCUCCAAAGUUGAAAUGGUCCAUCUCUGAAGAUGAAAUCUCUGCCUGUUUGAGACAUUGCUUUGCAGCGAUGAUGACCUUGGCAGUGGUAGCUGUCAUGAAGCCUAAC